AUGGUUAAACCUCGUGUUGCUAUUAUAGGAGCCGGUUCAUCAGGCCUAGCAGCCCUAAAACAAUGCCUCGAUGAUGAUUUGGAUCCAAUAUGUUUCGAACAAACAUCUUGCGUAGGAGGUCUUUGGAAUUUUGUUGAAGUUGAUGACGACGAAAAUAAGGAUCCACAUCCAUCAGCUUAUAAAAGCCUAGUUAUUAAUUCUUCUAAAGAAGUGGUGUACAAUUUUAAACUUAGGCCAUACAUCAAAUUUCGUACAACUGUUGUUCGUGUAUCAUACCUUCCUGAUCAUCGUUGGAAAGUUAAAUAUGCUACUUCUGUAAAUAAAGAUCAAACCAGUGAGCAUGAAGAAAUAUUUGAUUUUGUUAUGGUUUGUAAUGGGCAUCAUAGGAAACAAAGGUGGCCUAAAUAUAAAGGGAUGGACGAAUUUAAGGGCGAGCAAACUCAUUCGCAUUUUUACAGGCG